AUGGGAGACUCUCUACUCCAAGGCUUCCCCCAAGCCGCUCCUCCAAAACCAACAGAAGACUUGAUAUAUGCAGAUGUCGCCGUAACAGCCACAGCAGAAGAAUUCGCAGGCAUCUACCGCAACAAACAAUACCACACUCCUGAUUUCACCUCCACACUCGAUCGCGCUACCUCUGCUUCCGUCAACAAAGUUUUGCUUACGGGCAUGUCAAGUACGGAUAUUUCUUCCAAUGCCGAGAUUGCGAGGUCCAGAUCGCAACAAUGCAGUACAACCAUCGGAGUGCACCCUUAUCAUGCCUCGGAGCCUUACGCAGAAGGAAGUAAUGGUCAAGAGUAUUUCGCAGCAAUGACAAAGCGAAUAAAUGAGUUGACGCAAUCUGAUAAAGGAUUGGUAGCCGCGUAUGGAGAGCUAGGGCUGGAUUACGACCAUUGCGAACUGGCGGACAAAGAAACACAACUCCGCUGUUUCAAAGACCAGCUUGAUCUGUAUGUCGAGCAGCAGUGGGAAUUACCUCUGUUCUUGCACUGUAGAGCUGCUUUUGACGAUUUCGUGGCUGUCAUCGAGGAGUAUGCUGAAAGGUUGCCGAAAGGGGGCUUGGUGCACUCAUUUGUGGGCACCACGCAACAGAUGCAAAAACUGGUUUCUCUGGGAUUGGACAUCUCAGUCAACGGGUUCAGCUUCAAAGACCGCGGAUCCCUCGAGAUGGUCGCUGCUGUUCCUCUGGACAGACUACAACUGGAGACCGAUGCGCCAUGGGGAAUCAUACAAGCAAAUUCCGAAGUAGCGAAGAGGUAUCUGGUCAAUGCGCCAGCUCUGCCAGGCAGCAAAAAGAAGGAUAAGUGGCAGGAAGGGUAUAUGAUCAAGGAGAGGAACGAGAGUUGUUGUAUUGCUCAGGUUGCAUUCAUCGUUGCUGGGCUAAAGGGGUGCAAAGUUGAGGAAGUGGCAAAGGCAGCUUGGGAAAACAGUAGAAGCAUGUUCUGGCUUUGA